GGAUGAGCUCAUCGGGUUCCCGACGUCAAAGUGCUGCAUGAGUUCGAGCACUGAUCCAAAAGUCCUCCUCCCUUUCCUACCUGCAGGUCCCGGCAUUAUCAAGGAAGCUUUCAGGAUAAUCCCAGCAGCUCGAGUGGAUUAUAUCAACUAGCAGCGCCGAAUUUCCCACCACACUUCAUCUAGGACUUAAAGACUAUGCGGGCGAUUCUUAUUAAGGACGGCAAAGGUCCCAUCGAGAACCUCUAUCUCGGCGAGACCGAGAAGCCUGGCCCUAAGCCGGGGGAAGUCCUGGUCAAGGUCAAGGUCUUCGGCCUCAAUCGCAUGGAUGUUCUUCAACGGGAGGGCAAGUACCCCCUCCCUCCGGGCGCGUCUACCAUCCUAGGUGUCGAAUUCUCCGGGCAUAUAGCCGGACUCGGCGAAGGCGUUACCGACUGGAAGGAAGGCGAUGAAGUAUUCGGUCUUGCCUACGGAGGCGCGUACGCGGAGUUCAUCACUCUCCCAGAGACAAAUGUCAUGAAGAAGCCAUCGCACCUUUCGUGGCACGAGGCGGCGAGCAUCCCGGAGAAUUUCCUCACCGCAUUCCAGGCUCUGGUUGUCAUCGCCGAAGUGAAGAAGGGGGACGACGUUCUCAUUCACGCGGGUGCAUCGGGUGUUGGCGUCGCUGCGAUUCAACUCGCCCGGCUCUAUGGCGCCAACACGGUUACCGCCACCGCUUCAACCCAAGACAAGCUUGACUGGCUGCUCUCCAUUCCCAAUGGCGCUACGCAUGUCGUCAAUUACAAGACCGAAGAUUUUGCGGCGGAGGCCAAAAAGACCACUGGCGGUAAAGGUGUCGACGUGAUAAUUGAUUUCGUCGGCCAGAGCCAUUGGCAGAAGAAUAUUGACGCUCUCGCCGCUGACGGAAGAAUGACCAUGCUCGGCUUGCUCAGCGGCGGCGAAGUUGAGAAAUUCAGUCUGGGCCCUCUAUUGUACAAGCGACUUCGCAUUCAAGGGUCCACGCUCCGCGCUCGCUCCCCGGCUUACCAAGGCGACCUUGUGAGGAAAUUCCGGGAUGGUGUUCUUAGCCACAUCACUGGCAGUGCUGGAGACGGCGAGGUGCGAACGUACAUCCACAAGACUUAUCCGUGGACAGAGAUACAGGAAGCACACCGUGAGAUGGAGGCCAACAAGAAUAGUGGAAAAAUCAUCGCGGAGGUUGUGUAAGAAUAUAACUGUAACAGUCCGUGUAAGUGCAGCAAGUCACCGCUGCGGCUCACAACCAGCAUAUGUAUGUGUCUCAGAACCUGAACCAUGCAUCUACGUUGGCAACGU